AUGCGAACAAUUGUUAGUGCGAACAACUGUAUACCACCCACACAGCUGAUGUCACAGAAAUCUAAAAGGCAUCAGUUCAGCGUCAUGUCAACUCAAAACGAAACGCAACCAGAACCACCUAAAAAAAUGGCGGUGGUUGAAUGUAUUGACGAUCUUGUGCAAUCUGUUUCGUUACAUAUACCUAGACCUUUAAUUUAUCAUGGGACAAUAUUACCGUUUGUAUUUUUAUAUAGUAUUUGGUUGUACAUUUGGACGUUUGUAUAUGGUUUGGAUGAGUUUAGCGAAGCCGGCACAUUAGGAAUUUGUGUGAUUGCAGUGCUUCAAAUUCUCAGUUGUCUUUGCUGUUAUUGGUCUGUACACGUGCAAUGUUUUCUUGCUUGCAGUAAGGCAUCAUCACCUCAAGAAGCCCAAGUUGCAAAGGUUGUUCCCACAGCUAACAAUGGGUCAUCAGAAUUGGUCAAACUACAACGAUAUAAAGACGAGACGACAAAGUCGACACAGGUGUACUUCCUGUUUCAAAAGACUAAGUACGUGUGGGAUGAGGAGAAGAAGCAGUUCAGGGGUCUGGAGUUCCCGGCCGAACACUCGUUCCGGCACUACAUGGAGUGGAAGGGCUACCAGGACGACGCUGAGGUCGCUUAUGCCGAGCAGAAGUACGGCAAAAACAC